GCGUGGCCCCGCCCACAGCCGGGGGAAGUCGGGCGGCGCACUACGUGCUUCGCUAUAUAAAUGCGGUGGCGCCCGGCGUAGAAGAGGCAAAGUGUCCGGAGCGGCAGGGCGUUCGGACGUUGGAGGCAGUCGGCUCCCUAGCCUGAGACCGCCCCCCCUGCUCUUCGCAGUGCAAUGGCGGACGAGGGAAAGUCGUACAACGAGCAUGAUGACCGUGUUAGUUUCCCUCAAAGAAGAAAGAAAGGCCGGGGUCCUUUCCGGUGGAAGUAUGGUGAGGGGAACCGUCGGUCAGGACGAGGUGGUUCUGGUGUUCAGUCUUCUCGGCUCGAGGAAGAUGAUGGAGAUGUGGCAAUGAGUGAUGCUCAGGAUGGUCCCCGCGUACGAUACAACCCAUAUGCCACCCGAACUAACCGUCGGGGUGAUACUUGGCAUGAUCGAGGAGGUCGCAUUCACAUUACUGUGCGGAGAGACAGAGCUCCUCCAGAGAGAGGAGGGGCUGGCACCAGCCAGGAUGGGUCCUCUAAGAACUGGUUCAAGAUUACAAUUCCUUGUGGCAAAAAGUAUGACAAAGCUUGGCUUCUGAACAUGAUUCAGAGCAAAUGCAGUGUCCCUUUCACCCCCAUUGAGUUUCAUUAUGAGAGCACCCGGGCCCAGUUUUUUGUGGAGGAUUCCAGCACUGCCUCUGCAUUAAAGGCUAUCAACUAUAAGAUUGUGGGUCAGGAUAACCGAAGGAUACCUAUCAUCAUCAACCCCUCUUCUCCACCCUAUGUUGUACAAAAUGAACUGAAGCCAGAACAAGUAGAGCAGCUAAAGCUUAUUAUGAGCAAACGUUAUGAUGGUUCCCAACAAGCACUUGAUCUCAAGGGCCUUCGUUCAGACCCAGAUUUGGUGGCCCAGAACAUUGAUGUUGUCCUGCAUCGUAGAAGCUGUAUGGCGGCUACCCUACGAAUCAUUGAAGAAAACAUCCCUGAGCUUUUAUCUUUGAACUUGAGCAACAACAGGCUUUACAGGCUGGAUGUCAUGUCCAGCAUUGUGCAGAAGGCAUCCAACCUGAAGAUCUUAAAUCUCUCUGGAAAUGAAUUGAAGUCUGAGCGGGAGUUGGAUAAGAUAAAAGGGCUGAAGCUGGAAGAACUGUGGCUUGAUGGAAAUCCCCUGUGUGAUAGUUUCCAAGACCAGUCUACCUACAUCAGCGCCAUUCGCGAACGAUUUCCCAAGUUACUACGCCUGGAUGGCCAUGAGUUGCCCCCACCAAUUGCCUUUGAUGUUGAAGCCCCCACAAUGUUGCCACCCUGCAAGGGAAGCUAUUUUGGAACGGAGAACCUAAAGAGUCUGGUUCUGCACUUUCUGCAGCAAUACUAUGCAAUUUAUGACUCUGGAGACCGGCAGGGGCUUUUGGAUGCCUACCAUGAUGGGGCCUGCUGCUCACUAAGCAUUCCAUUCAUCCCCCAUAACCCUGCCCGAAGCAACUUGGCUGAAUACUACAAGGACAGCAGAAAUGUGAAAAGGCUUAAAGACCCACCCUCGCGGUUCCGGUUGCUGAAACACACACGUCUCAACGUUGUCGCCUUCCUCAAUGAGUUGCCCAAAACUCAGCAUGACAUCAAUUCCUUUGUGGUAGACAUAAGUGCCCAGACAAGUACAUUGCUGUGUUUUUCUGUCAAUGGGGUCUUCAAGGAAGUGGAUGGAAAAUCUCGAGAUUCUUUGAGAGCCUUCACGAGGACAUUCAUCGCUGUUCCUGCUAGUAAUUCAGGGUUAUGUAUCGUUAAUGAUGAGCUAUUUGUGAGGAAUGCCAGCCCUGAAGAGAUCCAAAGAGCCUUCGCCAUGCCUGCACCCACACCUUCCUCCAGCCCUGUGCCCACCCUCUCCCCGGAGCAGCAGGAAAUGUUACAGGCGUUCUCUACCCAGUCUGGCAUGAACCUCGAGUGGUCCCAGAAGUGCCUUCAGGACAACAACUGGGACUAUACCAGAUCUGCCCAAGCCUUCACUCAUCUCAAGGCCAAGGGUGAGAUCCCAGAAGUUGCAUUCAUGAAGUGAUCCAUAGUUGUGCUCCAGAAGUGCGUGUGUAAAUAGCCCUUGGAUAUUAUUGUAUGGUUGUCAUCCCUUGCCUUCUGUCCAGCCGGAGGCCACCCUGUGACUGUGACUGAGGAGGGAGGUCUGUGGAUCCCGCUCCUCACCUGCCUUCUGGAAGACUUCCUGAAGACUUCCAGAAGAUUGAGCCUCACUGGUGCCAGGAAGCCAAAGCUCACUUUGUAGAACUGACACUAAACUACCCGAAGGACUUAGGUGCUUUGUGUACUUAGCCCCAGGAUUCCCCUUACUUUUUAAGAUAAAGAGUGAUAUUGUA